ACAUGAUCAGCACGACUGACGCGGAAGGCAUGUUUAACACAGGACAACGUGAACGUAGUGCUAAGUUUAUACAUUGGAAAUCUCACGCUGCUGCUUUGUUUUGACACAGAGUUUCAGGAGUCUCUGUGCACCUUUACCUGUGGACUGGACUGGACUGGAUUGGACUGAACUAGACUAGACUGGACUGGACUGGGGGACGGGUGUCCCUCCACUGCCAAGAUGUCUGCAGCUCCAUUCUUCCCAGUGCUCCUGCUCACACUGGCAGCCAUACUCAUGUGUGAUGCCAAACUGAGCCUGUCUGCUUCAUCCACAGUGAAUUUACCACAGAACACUUCAAAAAAUGUACCUUUUUACUCCAGUGCUCCACUGAACAGCACAGUUAUUCUGCAUUUUAAUAUUAUCUACUCCUCUAAAAAUGUCAGUAGUAUUGUUCAUCUGCCUGAUCAGGUUGUGUUGCCUGCAGAAACCACAUCCAGCAGCUUUGAAGUGUAUGCAAAAAGUGUGGGUCAAGUAACAGCUUGUUUGUGCAGCAACAGCAGUGACCUGAUAGGCUUUUCAGCCAGGAUCCGCUUUCUGGUUGUCCGAAGCCACGUCCUUGAGAUAAUCAACCAGAUUAUAGGAUGGAUUUACUUCCUGGCAUGGUCAAUUUCAUUCUACCCACAAGUAUAUGAGAACUGGAAAAGAAAAAGUGUGGUGGGGCUGAACUUCGAUUUCCUAGCACUCAACCUCACAGGAUUUAUUGCCUAUAGUGUUUUUAAUGUUGGCCUCUUCUGGGUCCCAUAUAUGCAGGAGGAGUUCUUGAAGAGAGAUCCUAAUGGCGUGAUCCCUGUGGAUGCUAAUGAUGUGUUUUUCAGUCUCCAUGCUGUGGUACUGACUCUGAUAUACAUCUGCCAAUGUGCCAUUUAUGAGAGAGGGGGGCAGAAGGUGUCAAAGGUGGCUAUUUUCUUGCUGGUGGUUGGUUGGACAUUUGCUUUGGUCACCCUUUUUGUUGCGGUGGCCGGUAAGAUCACCUGGCUCACCUACUUGUAUUACUUCUCCUACAUCAAGUUAGGUGUCACUUUGGUCAAGUAUAUACCACAGGCGUACAUGAACUACAAGAGACAAAGCACAGAAGGAUGGAGUAUUGGCAAUGUCCUGCUGGACUUCACUGGGGGAAGCUUUAGUCUCCUCCAGAUGUUCCUAGAGUCCUACAACAAUGAUGAAUGGCGACUGAUUUUUGGGGAUCCCACAAAGUUUGGAUUGGGUGUGUUCUCUAUACUUUUUGAUGUGUUAUUUAUAGUUCAGCACUACUGCCUAUAUAGAAAACAAGCCCCACCAUAUCAGACAAUAGAAUAAGAGUCUACACAUUGUGCUGCUCACUGGGGCGAAGCAGAUGAGUGACAGUUUGAAUCAGGGACUCUCACUGUUACAAUGGAGUGAAGCACUACUGUGGAAAAUACCAACAGUCAUUCAAUCACAUUUUGUUUGAUUAAUCUGAACUGUAAGGCAAUGAUCUCUUUUUCUAAAGGACAAAGGCAAAUAGUUCUAGCUCAGAAAAUAUGAAUGAUAUUGCAAUUAAACAUCAGCCUUUUACAAAGUAGCAGUCUUUUCUAUAUUUUUAGUACAAGUGAUAAGAUUUAAAAAUCAAAUU